AUGUCAUCCACCGCGUUGCAGGCCCGUCCCGCGAGCCCCGGACCCGAACCCGGGAUCGACCCCCGCGGCGAGGAAGCGGAAACCGGCCGCGUGCAAGUCUCCGUCUACUCCCGGUUCAAACCAUUGCAGAAACGCGGCAUCACGGCAAUUUCAGCGUUUUGCGGCUUCCUCGCUCAAAUGUCGACUACGAGUCUAUUAGCCGCUGUUCCGGAAAUUGUCUCUACCUAUGAAACAUCAGCAACGGUUAUCAAUAUCAGUAACGCCGUUUACCUGGCGUUUAUGGGAUUAUCGGCGUUCAUUUGGGGCCCUUAUGCUGAUAUCUUCGGGCGUCGACCGGCUUAUCUUUACAGCGUUGCUCUGUUCCUCGCCUUCAACAUUGGCACCGCGUUGGCACCGAGAUUGGAGUUAUUCUUCCUCUUUCGAGCCUUGACUGCUUUCCAAGGCACGGCGUUUUUGAUUCUGGGUAGUACAUGCAUCUCGGACAUUUACCACCCUACGGAACGUGCAACGUCACUAGGUUGGUUCUUAUCCGGUGUUGCAGUCGGUCCUGCUUUCGGACCAGUACUCGGUGGCAUCGUGGUGACUUUCACGACCUGGCGUGUCAUUUUCUGGAUCCAGGUAUCCUUUGCCACGGUCGCGCUUACUUUCACAUACUUCUUCCUGCCAGAGACUCAUCACCAGCUGCGCCUGGUUGAACUUCAGGGCCUUGGACCCGUCCAAAAGCUGCUCAAGCUUUGGGGUUGGGGCAACCCUAGUAAAGUUGUCAAGACCUACGGGAACAAGAACCUGCUCCUCGUGUUUCUUGCUUCUUCCUCUCUCGUCUGGAACAUGUACUCCCUCCUGACACCCAUCCGAUAUGUCCUAAAUCCUCGUUUCCACCUCACGACGCCACUUCAAUCAGGUCUACUAUACCUGGUGCCUGGUGCUGGCUACCUCGUGGGCAGUCAAAUCGGCGGCCGCCUGGCUGAUCGCACAGUAAACUCGUGGAUGCAAAAGCGCGGUACGCGUGUGCCGGAGGACCGGCUGCGUAGCAGUCUACUCUUUCAGGCCUUGAUGCUUCCAGGAUCCAUGGUCUUGUACGGUUGGACUCUUGAUAAGAGGGUUGGCGGGAUACCGCUGCCAGUAAUUUGCAUGUUCGUGCAAGGGGUCGCGCAAAUGUGCACCUUUCCAAGCCUGAAUGCGUACAUUCUCGAUGUGGUGCAGCAUUCUGACGGUAGCGGAUCAACCGCCGGUCAUUAUUUGAUGAGGUACUUGGUAGCAGCCCUGUCAACCGCUGUAUGUCUACCUCUCAUCGACUCCAUUGGCGUUGGUUGGUCAUCCACGAUCUCUGGCGGCAUUCAGUUCAUAUGUGCCGGACUCGUGUAUGUUACCAUUCGAUUUGGUGCUGCAUGGAGGAAGGUCCAUCAAUUACCUGUUCCGCUAUGA